UUUUCUCUCCGCUCCUUCCCACCAGCGCCACAGCAACAUCCUCAGAGUCUGAGCGAACUGCGCCCAGCCUGGGCACAGAGAGCCUCCCACCGCCGGCAACCUGCGGCCGGAGUGAAGACAGGGAGCGCAGUGACAGCGCCUCGCCUCCACUAGUCCCCCUACCACCAUGGCCAAGAACCGCAGGGACAGAAACAGUUGGGGUGGAUUUUCAGAGAAGACAUGUGACUGGAGUUCAGAAGAGGAGGAGCCAGUGAAAAAGGCAGGACCUGUCCAAGUCCUCAUUGUCAAAGAUGACCAUUCUUUUGAGUUAGAUGAAACCGCACUAAAUCGGAUCCUUCUCUCUGAGGCUGUCAGGGACAAGGAAGUAGUUGCGGUAUCUGUUGCUGGAGCCUUUAGAAAAGGAAAGUCAUUUCUGAUGGACUUCAUGUUGCGAUACAUGUACAACCAGGAAUCAGUUGAUUGGCUUGGAGAUUACAAUGAACCAUUGACUGGAUUUUCAUGGAGAGGUGGGUCUGAACGAGAAACCACAGGAAUCCAGAUAUGGAGUGAAGUUUUCCUAAUCAAUAAAGUUGAUGGUAAAAAGGUUGCAGUGUUAUUGAUGGAUACUCAGGGAACCUUUGAUAGUCAGUCAACUUUGAGAGAUUCGGCCACAGUAUUUGCCCUUAGCACAAUGAUCAGCUCUAUACAGGUAUAUAAUUUAUCCCAAAAUGUCCAGGAAGAUGAUCUUCAGCACCUUCAGCUUUUCACUGAGUAUGGCAGACUGGCAAUGGAGGAAACAUUCCUAAAGCCAUUUCAGAGUCUGAUAUUUCUGGUUCGAGACUGGAGUUUCCCAUAUGAAUUUUCAUAUGGAGCAGAUGGUGGUGCAAAAUUCUUGGAAAAACGCCUCAAGGUCUCAGGGAACCAGCAUGAAGAACUGCAGAAUGUUCGAAAGCACAUCCAUUCCUGUUUCACCAAUAUUUCCUGUUUUCUGCUACCUCACCCUGGCUUGAAAGUAGCUACCAAUCCAAACUUUGAUGGAAAACUGAAAGAAAUAGAUGACGAAUUCAUCAAAAACUUGAAAAUACUGAUUCCUUGGCUACUUAGUCCUGAGAGCCUAGAUAUUAAAGAGAUCAAUGGGAAUAAAAUCACCUGCCGAGGUCUGGUGGAGUACUUCAAGGCUUAUAUAAAGAUCUAUCAAGGUGAAGAAUUACCACAUCCCAAAUCCAUGUUACAGGCCACAGCUGAAGCUAACAAUUUAGCAGCUGUUGCAACUGCCAAGGACACAUACAAUAAAAAGAUGGAAGAGAUAUGUGGUGGUGACAAACCAUUUCUGGCCCCUAAUGACCUGCAGACCAAGCAUCUGCAGCUUAAAGAAGAAUCUGUGAAGCUGUUCCGAGGAGUGAAGAAGAUGGGUGGGGAAGAAUUUAGCCGGCGUUACUUGCAGCAGUUGGAGAGUGAAAUAGAUGAACUUUACAUUCAGUAUAUUAAGCACAAUGAUAGCAAAAACAUCUUCCAUGCAGCACGCACCCCAGCCACACUGUUUGUUGUCAUCUUUAUCACAUAUGUGAUUGCUGGUGUGACUGGAUUCAUUGGUUUGGACAUCAUAGCAAGCCUAUGCAAUAUGAUAAUGGGACUGACCCUAAUCACCUUAUGUACCUGGGCAUAUAUCCGGUACUCUGGAGAAUACCGAGAACUGGGUGCUGUAAUAGACCAGGUGGCUGCGGCUUUGUGGGACCAGGGAAGUACAAAUGAGGCUUUAUACAAGCUUUACAGUGCAGCAGCAACCCACAGACAUCUGUAUCAUCAAGCUUUCCCUGCACCAAAGUCAGAAACUACUGAACAAUCAGAAAAGAAGAAAAUUUAAUCCAAAAUUUUAAACACAGGUGCAUGACCAAUUGUCAGUUAAAUAUUGUUUUUUGGUUCCAUGCAAACAUUCAAAAAUGCUUCUGUCAGAACAGUAAAUACCAAACACCUCUGAGGACUGCAAAAUGCUUUUGUUCUUUUACUUCAGUGUUUAGUAAGCAGAUGUAUGUAUGCAUGGUUAUAUCAUUUUGUUAACAUGUACAGAUUCCUGAUUUUUGUUUUUAAAUAUGCUGUUAUAAUUUAAGGUAUUUGUAUAUUUAUGAUGACAGUACAAGUGUUCUGCUUGAAUUUACUAAAUUCUACUACUGGGUUAUAAUUAAACCAUACAGUGAUAUUACUCCAUGUUUGGAUAUGCUCAUUUAAUUUCAACAGAAAAGAUUUAAAACUAUUUCACAUGGCUACUUGUUUAAAACACAGCAUAGCUCAGCAAGCUCUAAUCUAUAUAAUCUUACACAUACCACAAGCUCUUAGUUAUUUUUAAAUACAACUAAGAGUUUUUCAGUUGCUUUACCAAAAACUAUGUUGCUUUUUAUAUUAUGAUUUAAUAUAGAAUGUAAACGACUUGAUCAACAAUGCACAAAAAAAUCACUUUGUAUAUGUACUUGAGUUUCACUGUAUUGUAUAUUUUUUCAUUUGGUACAUAAGAAAUGUAUUCUUCAUAGGUUUAUUCUUUUAACAUGUGAACUAUUAAAAGUUUACUCUGGUUCUUAACAUUAAAACAAAUGCUUACUGAAUUUGGAAAUGGUUGGGUGGUGUUGAUAUGGAAAGAUGAAGAUUCGUCUCUUUUUUAAAAAAUUCAAGAUGCAUUUUCUUUACUGUGGACACCAUUACAAAUUUAAGUUUCCAUUUUAAGAGACAUGCUAAUCUAAUCAUUAGGUACCUUCCAGUUCUUUUUUUUUUAAUAUAUUUUUUAGUUGUGGUGGUCAUAAUACCUUUAUUUUAUUUUUAUGUGGUGCUGAGGAUCGAACCCAGGGCCUCACAUGUGCUAGGUGAGCACUCUACUACUGAGCCACAACCCCAGACCCCUUUUAGUUCUUUUUAAACCAGUGAUUCUAUAAUGUAUUUCUAGUGACUAAAAUCUCUAGUGGAGUUUAUUAAGCAUAAAAAGUGGGAGGAAUAAUGAAGAGUAAUGCCUCUUCCCUACAAGGUCCAAAACCAGACUUUCUGUCUUAUAAAUGCUUAAGUAACAAAAAGUAAUUAAGCUAGGAGUAUGCACAAGUUCAUAGGCUAUAUCAGCUUAACUUUGGAAUAAAAGUUUGAUCAUAGCUCAGUAAAUUAUCUUUUCCCAUUAAUAAAAUUCCACUAGCCACACUUUUAAUUUUUCAACACACCUUUUGUUAUAUUGCUUAUUUGGAAUAUGGGCAUUCUGAAUGGAAAAACUAAUCAUAUUUAUGUCUAAAAUAUGGACUCAAACACCACACAUUUAAUUUCCACAAAAAUAUAUUUAAUAAGCUUGUUAUAUAAAAUCAAACACUUAACAUUUUAUCAAUAACUCAAACUCAUAUCUAGGAGUGCUUGUAUUUUGGAAGACUACAUAAACUGAAAAUAUAUUUACAUAUUUACAAUACAUGUAACUGAAGAACUAUGAAAUUCACAGAAUUCUAGAGAUUUACAGGCUAGAAGUAUCAUAAAUUUGUCUAUAAUCAAAUUGCUGUGCUAAUUAUGAACAAUGUCUUAACUAUUAAACCAGAAAGAAAAAUGAAAGGGAAAUAUACAAAGUUUUGUGACAAACAUUUAGAAGAUAAAAAAGUAAUAUAAAAUUGAUUUAAUGACUAAGAUUUCUUAUUGAAUCCCUGAUUGUCAUUUUUGGCAGCAUAACCCAGUCUGUCAGAAGGCAGUGUGCUAUGCUGUCUGGAACUCUGCACUUCUCAAAAGAGUCAUGCUAAAUGCAGUUAGGAGCUCUGGCUGAAAACAAGUAGCAACUUUGAUGGCACACACCUUCCCAACAUAGGCUCAGACUUCAUGCUUAAAUUUAUUCCUGAAAAGAUUUUCUCAACAUGCUUCAAAUAGGUUCCUUACAUCUGGCUGUGGAGAAUGGGUGGGAUUGCAUACAGAAUUUAUCACAAUAAAGAUUCCAAAUCUUGUUUUGAAUUUUGAACUAUACCAUGGUAAAAUUUAAAUCAUCCCACUCAGACAACAUUCCAUGCUAAAGCAGUAAACAUUGUUUUUAAAACACUGCACAGUUUCUCUUUCUCUUUUUUAAAGAAAGAUACUGCUGCUAUAAGAAGUUACCAAGUGAUCAUUUCCUUUUAAAUAUAUGGUUGUACAUGACAUUUUUUUCUACAUAUUUCUCCAUCAAGAUUAUUCAAAGCAAUUUCCUAAUACACAACGUUCAAAAGCAUUAUCUUGUUGGCUCUUAAAAUGAUAAAUUCAUUUUUGUUCAAUAAAAGAAAAUUUUUAAUGACAAAAUAUAUAUAAAGUUAGAAUUUAGAACUUCCAAAAAGUAAGAUGCCUUUAUUAACCAAAGUACUUGUUUGCAGUUUUUUCAACUGCAAAAAUAUUUUAAAGCUCUUAUAAAACUUAUAUUUUAUUUUUAAAAGGUUAACUUAAAAAUUCUUGCCAUGCUGCUGGGCAUACCACUGCUGUCUCUGCUUGCGGUUUUCCAACUCAGUGAGAAGAGCCUGUCUAUAGGCUUCAUACAUUUUAACAAUCUGUUCCAGUUCUUUCAUGAAGAGCAACUUUAGCAUUCCCUGGUACGUAUCCAGGUCAGCCAGCUGGAAGAGUUCCCACUUCAGAAUGUGGUCAUAUCUGUUUUAAAACAUAAUGUUCACAACACAUGCAUAAACAUGUAUUUAUUGCAAUAAACCAGUCUUUUUAUAAAUACCAACUGUAUUAAAACUAAACAAACCAUAAACUUUACAGAUAAAUGAGUUUCAACUUCCUAUUUAAAAAUACUAUUUUUUUCUUUUUAUUUUAUGAGUCAGGCUACCACUAAGUUCCCCAGGUUGGCCUUGAACUCCUGGGCUCUAGGAAUCCUCCUGCCUGUCUCCAGAGUAGCUGGGAGUAUAGGUGUGCCACCACACCCAGCUCUAAAUAAACUACUUUUUUAGGAAAGGGAGAAAGCUCUAUAUAUUUAACUUCAAGUUAAAGAAUACUCAUUUAAGUAUCCAUUAUUCUAAUAGUAAUAUUAAACCAUGAAUAUCAAUUUCAAACAGAAUGGUUAUAUAAUUUUUCUCUAAAAAAUGCAUUCUGUGCUAUUUGUAAGUUCAUCAAGAGUUAAUUGUCAGGAACUUAAAGAUAUUUUAGAUCACACUGGGUUUGCAAAUGAUAAUGCACAAAAAAGGGUAAAGUCAUUUUUGUCACUAGUGUUGACAGAUCUAAAAAGGAAUGAUGUUCACUACAGUAAACAAGGAACAAACAGAGAAGAAAUGAAGAGAAACCAUUAUUGGCUAAGAAUUCCUGAGGAUGAGCACCUGGUAUCGAAAAAACUCACCAAGAAAGAAUAAACUGUUUUCAAAAAUGAGAAACAAGUAGAGAGUAGAAGACUCCAGAUUCCACAAUAUGGCAAAGGACACUUGUAAGAUUGUAUUUACAUGUAUCUUAGAAGGAUUUUGGCCGUUUUUCAGCAUAAGUGGAUCAUAUGCUGAGACUGAACUAUUCAACCAAUUACUAAAUAUUAAUUUAUACUUUGAGAUCUAGAGACAACACUAAUUAAAUGUUCUCAUUUUAAAGAUGAAAAAGCAAACCUAAAAAGGCUAUGUAUCUUUUGCAAAAGUAUUUAAUGACCAAAAAAGUUGAGAAAAGCAGACAACUAUGGACCAACAGCUUUAGUUUUUUUGGUUUUUUUGGUACAGGGAAUUUAAUCCAGGGGCCCUUAACCACUGACCCACAUCCCCAGCCCUUUUUAUAUUUUAUUUAGAGACAGGGUCUUGCUGAUUUUGCUUAUAGCCUCUCUUAAGUUGCUGAGGCUGGCUUCGAACUUGUGAUCCUCCUGCCUCAGCCUUCCAAGCUGGUAGGAUUAUAGAAGUAGUUUUAAAUGUUAAUAUCCUUUAAGGUUAGACAAAGAACUUGAACUAAAGCAAGUCACAUACCAAUAUGAUAUUAAAGUUAUGUCAAUCAUUGCAGUGUAGACAUAAGAGGAAGUUUUGACUGCAAGUUCUAGCAAAUUUAUUUUUAUUAACUUUUUUGGGGGGGGAGUAUUAGGGAUUGAACCUAGAGGCACUUUGCCACUGAGCCAGACCCUUAACCCUUUUUUAAUCUUAAAACAGGGUCUCACCAAAUUGCCUAAGGCAUCACUUAGUUGCUGAGGCUGGCCUUGAACUUGUGAUCUUCCUGCCUCAGUCUCCAGAGUUGUUGUGAUUAUAAGCAUGCGCUACCAUGUCCAGUUUUUAGUAACCAUUUAUAAUAUGUCCUAUCCAAUGGUUCUUUGAUAACUCAUUUACCAUUUUACUCCAAAAGAAUGGUCUAAUGUAAAAAAAUAAUAAGGCUUUUAAAAAAGUGAAAAGAGGCACAGACUGAGCCACAUCCUAUGCUUGACACUUUGGUAAACAUAUUUUCUUGGCCUCCCAACUUUAUUCAAUUACUUGAGAUAUGCAAAUUUACUAGAAGAAUUUAAUGAUUUCUUUAUAGAAAGCUUUAUGUUCUCUUUAACCAGAAACACUUGUGAACAGAAACUGGAGAGAUGCUACAAGAAAUAUUCAAUUAGUCUAUAUGAAGAAACUUUCAUAUAAGGUGUUUCCUAUAACUUCUGUUAUUCAUAUAGUUUUAAGAUUUUACUUAUUUGUUUGAAAUAAAUUCAUUAAUUCCUAAUAAAAAAAUCUUAACCUCCCAGAGUGUCCUGCUUU